AUGGGCAGGUAUAUCAUUGAUGGAGAUGAGCCGUCUUUACCCAAACCAGCCCUAUGGAAAUGGGUGCUGAGAAUUAUCAUUUUACUAUUGCAGCUGGCACCCAUUUUACGAUAUUGUGAUGCAUUGGCUUAUGGCUGCCGUAGUAUUGCUGCAAGCAGAGCAGGCAAUAAAUCCAGGCAGUUGAACAUGUACAGGAAAAUGUUAGAUGAAGAUUCUGAUGCUUCAUUGUUGAGGCUUUUUCACUGUUUCCUUCAUGCAUCCCCACAAGCUAUUUUACAACUUAUAUUUCUUUUCCAUUAUCACCAGAAAAGUUACAGUUCUAUUCAAGUUUUGCAAGGGUGGGCUGUUGUAUGUUCUCUAAUCUCAGUUGCGUGGUCUCUGACCUCAUACCAUAGAUCUGUGAGAUUUGCUCGAGAUGACAAAGAAAAAUUAUCAUGGCAAGGUGCAGUGAUGCAAUUCUGUUGGCACUUAAUGAGUACAGUUGCUCGGGUGCUAGCUUUGAGCCUUUUGGCAUCUUUGUACCCAGCAUGGAUGGGUGCUCUAUGUCUGACUCAUUGGGCUGUCAUGUCUGCUUGGCUGGCAUUGGGUCAUCAACAAACAGCUAUAUGCACCAAUCGUUGUGAAGAGUUACUGUUUAGUAUGGUUCUAGGAUUGGCCUAUGUUUUAGCCUUUAUAGCUCCAAGAGAUGGACCUACAAGAUAUUCAUAUUUGGCAUAUUAUCUUAUAUUCUUUAUGGAAAACACAGGUGCUCUUGUUGUAUGGUGUGUGGCCAGUAGUUCAGUUCAGAAUCCUGUACUGUACUAUGGAGCUGUUGUCGCUCAAACUGUCUCGUUUCUUCUGGCUCUUGGCUUUAUGCUUGCUUAUUACCGUCAUUUCCAUCCUAGUGGAACCUCUCCUACAUUUAAUCAAAACAUGGAUAAUGACCAGGAAAUUGGAAAGCAAUUUGUUGCUGUUAUGUAAAAGGAAUCUCAAUUUCACAUAUUUGAUGUUGGAUUUGUAUGAUGUUUUGUCCAAGAAUUGUAUUCAGAUGUUUUUAGCUCUUGAUAAGGCAGGACGUUGUGAAUGGUAGGCAGUGCAAAAUUAAAUCUGUCCUGUCCAAUUUUAGUUUUUAUUACCAAUAUCAUCAAGAUAUACUUUAUUUAGAAAUAUUUUCAACCAAGAAUCUUUAUUGGGACCAAUUUUAUGUUGGAUUACCUUUGCAUGUGCACAAUUUUCAUAACUAAUUGUAAAGUAUAUGAUUUGGCAUUGUGUAAAUAUUGUGAUUAUUCAAAUAAUAAUUUUACUGUUAUAUAUGUCCAAAUGUGAUGUCUUGUGACACUUGUAUGGUGCAUUUGUAAUUAUGUUGUUUUUUGUUGGUUCAGCAGUACAGAAGUGUACACCUGUGUAUGUAAAUAUUCCAUUAUUAUGCAGGCCUCAAGUGAUAAACAUAGAGAAAAUUAUCGUAUUUACUUGAUUGUAAGCUGACACCGAUUGUAAGCCGAACUCGAGAAAGAAAGAAAGAAAGAAAGAAAAAAAAAAAGAAGAAGAAAAAAACAUAAACUAAUUAUUGAAUUUAUUUAUUUAAACGUAAGAAAUACAUUUGAUGCUUAACACUCUGAGACCACUAAUUUCUUUACAUUUUAGAGAUCAUUGACUCAGAUUCCUCACUUGACUCUUUGUCACUUUUGUCCAUGAAAAGGAAGUCACCUUUGCUGUUGUCAAGGGCAUUUGAGAUUCAACACUUUUUAAAAGCCCUUGCAACAACUUCUCCAGGCAUCAUCUAUCCAAGCGCUCACGUGCGAUAGACUAGCUCAUUUCACGUGCCUUGUGAGCAUGAGCGUUCUGUCUUCUUUGGAGAGCCAGUCCGAGUACAUUUUCUUAAACCUGUCCUUGAAUGGUUCGUUAAUGCACACAUCCAGGGGUUGAAGUUUUGACGUUAGUCCCCCUGGAUUAAUUGCCCAGUUGGUUCCCUCAUUUUUCAACUCCUUUACGGCCUGUGCACUGGUGACUGCACGAGUCGAAAACCAGGAUGCUACGUAACCUCAAUAAAGUGCGAGGGCGACAAUGCCACACCAACUGAACCAAUUGUAACAUCAUGUCUUCAGUAAAUCACCCUUUUCGUUUGCGCGCACAAUGACUCAGAUUUUGGGAGUGUCUUGCAUUUGAACACAACAAACUGAGGUAGUUUAUGUACGUUCUACCGUGUCGGCUGGGUAGCUGACAAAUAAUAAGAUCUUUACAGGUGUCUGAUGUCAACUGUGUUAUAGCAACACGAUGACACCGAUUCUAAGCCGAGGGUCAAUUUUUGAACUUCAAAAAAGGGGAGAAAAAUAUGGCUUACAGUCGGGUAAAUAUGGUAUGUAAAACAUUAAAAUUAUUACUUAGUAGAGUUAUGAAACUGCAAUAUUUUUAGAAAAAGACAUUGGAAAUAGUGGAUGUUAUUUGAUGUUAACCUAACGUGGAGAACGAUAUUUAUAAAUAAUAUUGAAGGUAUGCAGUGCAAGAACAGUAUACCCCUAUUUCAUGUGAUUUAUUGUGUACGAAUUCAGCUUCCAUUGUGUAACAAUACGUUACUUUUUAAUUGCCCAAAUUUUAUUUAUGUGUACUUACAUUUUAACAGUGUGUCAGGUGUUUCUGAUUUUACACAUUUUAUAGGCUACAGAAGAUACACCUUUCAAGUGUUACAGCCCUGGGUGUUUGUGCACUGUACAAUUUUUUUAAAACAAACUUCCAAAAAUAACUUGAAACAAAACCAUUUUCAGAGCAUACAAAUUUAAUUCAACUCUUACAACAAGUAUGAAGUAAAUUGUAACAGCUGUAAAACUAAAAGACUUUGGCUUUUGACAUUCAAAACAUAUAAAAAGAAAAUCUCUAAGUAUAAGUUCAGUAUUUAAUUUUAUUUUCGUAUCAUUUUUUGUUUUCGUACCGUUUCUGUUAAAUUUUAUUUUACCCUAUCUGUUCUAUGUAUUUAGCAAGCUAAGAAAAGAUGACAGUUUUGUAUCGUGUAUUAGUCACCAAUGUUACGGAACCCAUGAAUAUCCUCUUGUUGGGUAACGAAUUAUUCCUAGGGUGAAAAGAUUUAAGAUGAAAACCAGAAUUUUAUAGAUUGCCCUAGAAAGGAAUCAACAGGCUCACAUGCUCUCUGCAACAUGUUAUGCAUAUUGCCAACACAAAUUACCUUGUGCAUAACUCAAAAAUAGUUAGAUUUAGUGCCCGUAAAAUUUAGUUACAGAGACUAAUCAACAAAGUUGCAUGUGUUUUGUGAUGUUUUGCAAGAUAUCUUCAUUGAUCGUUUAUGAACUACCUAGCACUUGUCUUUCAUUCAAGUCUGGGACACAAUGGCAACCUAUGCCCUUGCUCAUGCCUGAAACCAUUGUCACCCACAUGAAGAUGGUUACAUUCUGGCGCGAGUCGCACGAGCAUUACGUUAAGUAACACAUGCCAUAGAUUAAUACUGUAUAUCAUGCAGAAUGGCCAAAGGACGUG